AUGACGCCGCCAUUCACAUCCUUUCUUUUUUUGAUUUCUAUUCUAGGAUGGAGCAGUGCGUACAAAAUGGUUCUUUUCGUGCCUGACAUAACAAACAGUCAGGUCAUCUUCAAUAGUCGAGUGGCCGAAACGUUAGCAAAGGCUGGUCAUGAUGUAACAAUGGUACUGAUCGCAGGAUUCGCUGACAGAGAUUCAAGUGACGUGAAAAUCAUGAAGGAAAUCUCGAGUGAGUCUGCAAUCUAG